UGUAACGCGACCAUUAGAAAGGAAUAUAGACGUAUACUCGUCAUUCGAUACUACAAUGACCAGGCCUAGAAAACUCCUCUAUCAGGCAAAUAUUGUCAUAUCAUAUGUCCCCUAGAUUUUCGUGUAGAGAGCGCUUGCUUUUGUUAAGAGAAUAUUCGGCGUGUCUUGGCGAUAGAACUGAUGAAGCUAUUUGAUAAUUUAGUGAUUCUCGAUACGUGUACCUGACACUGGUUUGGCGUGGUCUUAUACGGGAGACUGACAUCUGAUUGGCUGGCUUUUCACGCUCUUAAGGAAGCUGCCAAGUCAUACCCGAUCAUGAAGUCGGAUGUGUUUAUUUAUUGAUACCUGGUGAUCACUCACCUGUAACAAGUGUGAGAACGGUUCAGUGAUCCAGUGAUGGCACGCAGCAUUGCCAGCGUCCCUGGGUGUUCAUUCUCUAGUGUAGUGUUGGGAUGACAUCGACGUGGUAUGUUAGUGGCAUGUUCUACCUUUCCUCACCGGUGACAGUUGAUGUCGGAACUUAUCGUGAGGCUACCAAUUGUCUGAAACCUACACAGUAACUGUAUCAUUCUAUACAAACUAUUGGAAUCAGAACAGGAAUGAGAUGCGUUCUUCGCUCCAGGUUUACAUGGAGCCCGGGCGGAUCCUGUGAUCACUGCGGCGGUAUUAUUGUUCGGCAUUGCUGGCGGAAACACCACUAAAUAUGGCCAAGCUUUUUCGUAUGAUCAGACUCAAUGAUCGUUUUGAUACACAGGUCUUUACAUUUUCUCUGCCAAAUAAAAUUUUGAGAGAGUUUUCACCGGACGUAUAUUCAAAGGAUUUUGUGUACGGUUAUCAGAAAUGGACGGUCAGCUUUGUAAAAAGCGAUCAUCAUUUGGGAGCUUAUUUAAAGCUUCAAACCUCAUCUAACGCCAUGUUGUGUAAGAUGGAUUACUCCUUUACAUUUCUGAACAGUGAACACUUCACUAAGAACGAAUCCUUUCUGGAGAAAGGUUGUGAAUUCUCCGACCAGUCCGACACGAAAGGUCGAAAAACGUUUAUGCCUCUCGAGGACCUGCUACAUCGUAAAUUUAUCCAAGAGAAUGGUGAGUUCCUUGUUGAGCUGGAACUACGUAACAUUGUGUCUACUUUAAAUUGUUUUCUAAACAUUCCUAAAGACUACACGAACCGGUAUUCGUACGGGCCUCGGAUGGAGUCUCCCUACUUCUCGUUCGGUUUAUUCGACUGGAGCAUUUCUUUGUUUCCUAACGCCAGCACGGCGGACACAGAGAGUAACGUGGCCAUUCAGCUACAUCGUCAUACAAGCUUCGACCACCUGUGUAACGUCAAAUACCACGUGACCUUGGGGGAUACCGAUCCGUACGAAUCGGGAACAAUUGACCAGCUGCUGGACGCCACGGGAAACAGUGAUCCCUACGUCAUAGGGUCCACCCUUCAACUAUUGGCUAAGGGCCGGACAUCUAUUAAGGUGAGGCUGGACAUGUAUUCGGUCGUGUCCGUCAGUGAGGUGUCGCUGCUGGUGCUAAACAGGAAUAAGAACGGUGCGCACCUGUACGACCGCGAUAAGCAGGCGUGGAUGUUAGAAGCGGACGCAAGCGGGAAAUCAUUGGCUUUCCGGUUAUAUUAUACGGACAUAUCACACGUGCCCCGGAAGUUCACGCGUUAUGUGUCCUUCAAUAUUGUGGUUUUGCCCGCAAAUCCUGAGAGGAACGUCGCCCGAGCUCUAAACGGUCCAUUCUACCGGUAUUACGUCCAACAAGACUUAGACGACGGCUUCAUGGUACACACCGACAUCAAGAUGGACGAGCUGAGUGACCCAGAAAGUGACUUCCUCAGUUCCGAAGACCAGACUCUCACUGUUCAUAUAGAAUGGAUAGACUCCCAUCUCCUCAUCAGUCCAAACUUCCACAGCCUUGACGACGCCACCCGACUACACAAACACCAAAUGAUGCGAGAAAUUCUGGCGUUACAGGCGGAAAACUACGCUUUGGAAAAGCAAGUUUACAGCUAUCAGCAAUCGAUCGCCAGGACUAACGCCAGGUGGCCCAGUGGUAACAGCCAGGACGAACCGUCUGUAUACGACAAGCGAAAGUGACCUAGAGUUACUUUCUCUUACUUCCGUUGCACGCAACACAAUUAACACAAAACGAAUGAGACAUCUCACUGCCCAUGCUGAGUCUGUCUGUUGUUCAAUGUAAGACUAACUGAUAGACGUGCCCCCUAGUACAUUUACUAGACACCUAAUAGUUACCUUCCAAUCUCGUUUUAGUAAGCUCUCAGUCGUUACAUUUUCGAUCUUAAAAUCUUUCCGGAAAUGAUGACAGAAACUAUCACCAAAUUGAAUGUUGUCCUGUUUCUGAUAAAUGAAUUCAGUUAUUCCCACAUAACACAUAACCAGUGAUCCCCAAAGGUCCGCUCCGGCAACCAUGAGGCCUAUGCAGACAUCAGAGUAAUCAAGACAUGUUCUCCCCUGAUAGUAUAUUUACUGCUUCCGGUGCUGGUUUUGGUGUUGAUGCUGAUGUUUGAUGAUCGGUUUCCGUUCCAGAUACUCCUCAUGGUGUUAUUGUCGCUUCUACACCUGGUUAAUAUCAAAUGCAUUUUUGUUAAAAGUGACGUGAAUAUGUUUGAAUCGAUGAGAGAAAUGGAAUAUAUAUAUAUUCUGAUAUUGAUAAACCUGAGAGUAAAACAGUACAAUUUUACGAAAAAAAUAGCACACAUGAUGGAUUAAUUUUAGAGUGCAUUUGUGUGACGUGAAAUUUGCUAACAUUACAGUGGAUGUCUCCUGUGAAAUUGGCUAACAUUACAGUGAAUGUCUCCUGUGACAUUGGCUAACAAUACAGUGAAUGUCUCCUGUGACAUUGGCUAACAUUACAGUGAAUGUCUCCUGUGAAAUUGGCUAACAUUACAGUGAACGUCUCCUUAUUGCGUCUGUACAUUACACUACCCUACGGCAGCACUCCUUCGGUGGACAUUGUGUCCUCCUCUCGCGCCUUACCAUAGACUACGUGUGAGAUACCUUGAUUAGGAUGGAAUGUUGUUCAUCACCUUUCUAGUCUUUUUACUGCUACAAUCAUCAGGCCGUCAACCUCUCACGCUUGUGACAAUCUUGACACUGUAUCACAGAUGUUAGUAUGUGUGCGUGUUGGUUGUGUCUCCUUUUAUCAUAGGUUUCUGUGUGAACAAGUGUCCGAUUAUCAUUUCAUAUCUGUUGAAAUAAAGUAUUUUUUCUCUUUG